GGUGUGUGUCACAGCCGCAGCACGCGUACCUGACGGCCCGCUCCAGACCAACAAUUAAAGUCUGGUUUUAGGGCAAUGCAGAAGUGUUUGUGUAAUACAUCUGUUUAUUUUUAAUCGUAAGAGCUUUAUCUGUCGUGUCUGGGGUGUUUUAAGCGGCAGUGUGUGUGUUUUAUUGGGCUCGUCAUGGCUGACAUCGACAAACUCAACAUAGACAGCAUCAUUCAGCGGCUCCUCGAGGUGAGAGGGUCAAAGCCCGGGAAGAACGUUCAGCUGCAGGAAAAUGAGAUCCGUGGAUUGUGUCUGAAAUCCCGUGAGAUCUUCCUCAGCCAGCCAAUCCUACUGGAGCUAGAAGCACCUCUGAAGGUCUGCGGUGACAUCCACGGUCAGUACUACGACCUCCUCAGACUCUUUGAGUAUGGAGGAUACCCACCUGAAAGCAACUACCUGUUUCUGGGGGAUUAUGUUGACCGGGGGAAACAGUCUCUGGAGACCAUCUGCCUGCUGCUGGCAUACAAAAUCAAAUACCCCGAGAACUUCUUCCUGUUGAGAGGGAACCACGAGUGUGCUUCCAUCAAUCGCAUCUAUGGCUUUUACGAUGAGUGCAGGAGACGUUACAACAUCAAGCUGUGGAAGACGUUUACGGACUGUUUCAACUGUCUGCCCAUCGCUGCCAUAGUGGAUGAGAAGAUCUUCUGUUGCCAUGGAGGCUUGUCUCCAGAUCUCCAGACCAUGGAGCAGAUCAGAAGAAUCAUGAGACCCACAGAUGUUCCUGAUCAGGGUCUCCUGUGUGACCUGCUGUGGUCUGAUCCAGACAAGGAUGUUCUAGGCUGGGGAGAGAAUGACCGAGGAGUGUCCUUCACUUUUGGGGCUGAAGUAGUGGCCAAGUUCCUGCACAAACACGACCUGGAUCUCAUCUGCAGGGCCCAUCAAGUGGUGGAAGACGGUUAUGAGUUCUUCGCUAAGAGACAGCUGGUGACUCUCUUCUCAGCUCCAAACUACUGCGGAGAGUUUGACAACGCUGGAGCCAUGAUGAGCGUAGACGAGACACUCAUGUGCUCUUUUCAGAUUUUGAAACCAGCUGAGAAGAAGAAACCAAACUCCAGUCGUCCGGUGACUCCACCCAGGAACAUGGUCACCAAACAGGCCAAGAAAUGAGUCGGCCGGUGUGACCCGUCUGGACUUGUAUCACACAGUCUCCAUGUGUCACAGUGUUGGAGUCGUGCUACUCUCCGGCUUUGCGUCUUUAUUAUGUUUGUUUUUUAUUUUUCUUCUGUUUACCGUCCUUUUCCACUGCGACCCGUGGAGCGACCACUCGUAUAUUAGAAGGCAUUUUCGUUCGAUUUAAAUGUUUUCGGUUGCUCUUGAAGACGAAAAUGGCUUUUAUAAUCUUAAAUACUUCAGGACGACAUAUCUGUUUCACACAAGCUCCGCCCACCGUAAUCGCAACACGUCGCCUCGUUAAUAAAUAAAGGGAGUAGCUCGAUCUCUGGAGUUUUAAAUUGAUACUUCAACACGUUUAAAAUGAUUCGUGCUCGUUAAGACCACUGUAAAAAAUCUAAUGUUUUCACUUUAGUAUGAAGCAAAUAACAGCGCUCGAAAAUGAGUCCAUUUUUAUGUUUUCAACUUUAGCACCUAGUGCUUUUCUGCAUUUUUGUCUUGUGAACUUGCCAUGAAAUUUGAUAUUAAGUCCAGUUGCGUUCAAUUUUAAAAUAUUUUAUGAUUGUUUUUUUUGUUUUUUGUUUUUAUUUUAAUUCGUUAAGAUCUUCGGACAGGAUACAGUGUCCGAAGGAGUGUUUAGGUUUUUUUUUUUUUUUUAAACAAAAUGCCUUGUUUUCUUAUUCCGUACGUUUCAUGGUAAAUGAUUGUUUUUGCAUCACAUUAUGGGCAUGUUGAUUUGAUCUCAAACGGAUGUUUUUUUGUUGUUGCAUGCAUCAAAUAUAGGACACAAAGCCUUGGCUUCAUCUCGGGGCAUGUGUUAGUCAGCAUGUCUUCAGAAUAAUGUAGCUCCUCAUCAGGUAUAUCACAUCAGGAAAAUGUUUUACUUACAAAUUUCUACAGUAUUUCAUAUGAAUUCUAUGUUUAACCCAAACCCACUGUAAAUAUAAAGGAAAUGUUUGGUUCAGUCUUGGCAAUAAUUCACAGUUUUCCACACUAUAAAUAAUUGUUAUACUUGCAAAAUAAAUUGAAGGGAGAAGAGGGUGA